AUGCCUGGAGAAGAUAUCGUCAUCGCGCUACAUUUGGUGCACUGCCCGCCUAACCCUACAGCCAAGCACGAAGUCCAAACCGCCUACGCCAAUCCUCUACCUAGCCUUUUCGUGUCGUCAACUUCUUUCGAAAGCCAAUUAUUGCCUUCGAGUUCUAUGUUAGAGACUAAGUGGCCACGGUACAAGGCACGACAACCUCCUGUAAGUCUCUGUGGAGGUUCCAAGGCCGAAAGACGACAAGUCGCACAAGCUGUCGCCUCUGUCAUUCUUCUGAGGGUUUUCGAUGGUGCGCUUCGCACCUUGGAUGCCUUGGGAAGCCCCAAGUUCAUGGGCCAGCUGGAGACUGAAACAAGCCAGCAUGGCCCGCACGUUACAGCAGUGAAACCGCCACAGCAGCACAUGGGGAGCUCAAGAGAUCACCCUGGCGAAACAACAGCACAGCAGUCCUCCUUUAGCUCAGCAGAGUCAAUAUCACGGAUGACUGGGGGGAAACCAACAGCGGCAAUCUCCCAUUCAACCACAGCGACGGCCGAAACAACCAGUGCAGGACACCCACCCGCAGGCACCACAGCAGGCACUCAACAACAACACGUCGGCCCUUUAGGGGCCCCUAAACACCCCAGUCAUCCAGGGGCGCUGCAAAGGGCCUUGCAGACCACAUUUGCCGAACGUGUGAAAUCAUUCUUCCGACAACAGCAACACUCCAGGGUGCUGCAUUUCCUAGAUGGAGGGCCUACCGCUUUCGGAGGAAUCGCUGCCUCGGGGAGCGUCCGCAGGCCGAGAGCAGCAGCAGACUACAACCGCAGGACGGAGCACCCCGUUGAGGCCCUUGAUGAUCAGUGUGCUGCAGCUGCAAAAGCAGCCGCUGCUGCGUCAGAUCGCGUUGUAUCUCUCUUUUUUACAGGAGUCUCGAGUCUCUGCUUCGUCGUCGAGACAGCCAAACCCCUGGCAGUAUCCUCACCAGCAGCAGCUGCACUAGAAGCACCAGCAGGAAAAGCACACGAGGCUUGGGAGCAUUUUGCAGCUGGUUCCCCAGUGGCUGCGCAUUGUGUCUGCGCAUCCAUCACCGCACUUGGAAGCCCCUCCAAAGUCCCCUCGAGAGCAACAGCCAGAGGGGUGGCAGCGGUGUGCCCAUCAGCCCCCGCAAAGGCAAGAAAGCAGCAACGACGAGGACGCCCCUAA